AUCCGGGCCGGAGUUCUCCUGCCCCUCCCCCGCCCGGCGCCGCCGUAGCACUUCGGUGCGUUGCAGCGCGGGAGUCCAGACAGUUCAGUGCGCGACUGGGCGCCAGACCCCACCCGGUGGGCGACGGAACGCGUGUUUGCGCCUGGGCCCCGGCCGCUGCACCGCCGGGAACUAGGGAGGUACGGUGCCUGGCCUCUCGGUGCAUCGCUGCUCCGGGCGCCGCAGCCCGCAGUCGCCUGCCUUCCUCGGCCCUGCCCCUCCCCAGGGGCGCAGGCCGUCCGUCAGUGAUCACCCACCGCCCAGCUCAGCGGAGCAGGGCUGCGGUGCGGCGUCCAGCGCAUUCCCGCAGCCGGCCCUCCGGCCUGCCUUCCCCGCAGGCAGCCCGCACCUUGGAGGGAGGGAGCAGUCUGUACCGACACCGGCGCGGCCAGGCGGGGAGAUGAGCUUCUUCGGCUUCGGGCAGAGCGUGGAGGUGGAAAUCUUGCUGAAUGAUGCGGAGAGUAGGAAGCGAGCGGAGCACAAGACGGAGGACGGGAAGAAGGAGAAAUAUUUCCUCUUCUACGACGGGGAAACCGUCUCGGGGAAGGUGAGCCUAUCUCUGAAGAACCCCAACAAGCGACUAGAGCACCAGGGCAUCAAGAUCGAGUUCAUUGGACAGAUCGAACUCUACUAUGACCGUGGGAACCACCAUGAGUUUGUGUCUCUGGUGAAGGACUUGGCUCGGCCAGGAGAAAUCACCCAAUCACAGGCCUUCGACUUUGAGUUUACUCACGUGGAAAAGCCGUAUGAAUCCUACACAGGGCAGAACGUGAAGCUACGCUAUUUCCUUCGAGCCACCAUCAGCCGCCGCCUCAAUGAUGUUGUCAAAGAGAUGGACAUUGUAGUUCACACACUUAGCACGUACCCUGAGCUGAACUCAUCCAUCAAGAUGGAAGUUGGGAUUGAGGACUGCCUGCACAUUGAAUUUGAGUAUAACAAAUCCAAAUACCACUUGAAAGAUGUCAUUGUAGGGAAGAUAUACUUCCUGCUGGUGAGAAUCAAAAUCAAGCACAUGGAGAUAGACAUCAUCAAACGGGAAACAACAGGCACGGGCCCCAAUGUAUACCAUGAGAAUGACACAAUAGCCAAGUAUGAGAUCAUGGACGGGGCACCAGUUCGAGGUGAGUCCAUCCCUAUCAGGCUCUUCCUGGCAGGAUAUGAGCUCACACCCACCAUGCGGGACAUAAACAAGAAGUUCUCUGUGCGCUAUUACCUCAACUUGGUGCUGAUAGAUGAGGAGGAACGGCGCUACUUCAAGCAGCAGGAAGUGGUGUUGUGGCGGAAGGGUGACAUCGUACGGAAGAGCAUGUCUCACCAGGCAGCCAUUGCCUCACAGCGCUUCGAGGGCACAACCUCCCUGGGUGAGGUGCGGACCCCCGGACCCCUGUCUGACAACAACAGCAGGCAGUAGGCCCCAGGGGCCAAGAAGUUGCUGGGCUUCCACUGCAGCACCCCCAUCUACCAAACACCAGCGACUGGGGAGGGGGAGGUCGGUAUGAGGCUCAACUGACCGUUACUUGCAACCUUGAAAACAAAUCAUGUGUUUUACCUAAAUUCUUUUCUCUGAAGAACCUAAGGGGCUUGGGUUGGGCAGCAGUCUCCCAGGGAUUCUGCAGCCUAGGUAGGGAUAGGGAGAGGAAACAUUCUGGAAGCUAGUCUCUCCCUUGGGAAUGAGAGCUGUCUGUCAAGGCUAUCUCAAGCCUUAAAGCAGAGUUGAGAGCACACAUCCUUGGCUCCAGGUUCUCUGGGCUUCCUGAUACAGCAGCUGAGCGUGUCCCUGGCAUUCAUUUGCCAGCAAGACUCUGGGUAGUCACGUCUUGCACUCCCUUCGACUGUCCCUGAGGUAGUGGCAGGAGUUGUUGGGCCUGUCUCAUCUAAGUUGGAUGAAGACUCAAGAUCGGGAAGCUACCUCUCUGGGCAUCUGGGACGUGGUGCUCUGAAGUUUCCAGUCACCUCUGGCCUCACUACUGAGACCAGACAUGCCUCUUCUCCAUCUUUUCUAGCUUGUCAGGAACCAUACAGGAGCAGAGCCUAAGGAAGGGCGUAGGGCUGACUGUCCUCUCACUUGUGAGAGAUAUGGGCACAGAGAAGCCCUAAGAUUGGUGUCACACAUGGAUGGCCAGGAGGCUGGCUAGGCCUCCUAGGGGAAACAUUAGGCAAGGCAACUGUCUGCCUUCACCACAUGACUCCGCAUGGCAACCCAAGGUCUGGGUUGUUCUAGGGAAUUAUUUGAAGUUACCCAACAAGCCCUAAGCAGAGGGUCUGUUUCCUUUGGAUCCUUAGACAAGGCUAAGAUCCAUUUGCCUCCCUAAAAGUUAUCUCUUGUUACCCCUUGUCCUCUACGUGAUUCCUGGAAUUGGACUUGGUUUCAGACACUUAGAAGUUUUGUUCUUGCUCCCACCCCAAACCCUUUCAUCCCACAAUCUACACAUCAAGGGAGGAAGGGCCUCUGCAGAAGACUCUGUUACCAUAGCGUCAGAACAGUUCUGCUUGCCAAAUUAUGUCUUUAUCUUCACCAAUUCACUGACUCAAGUUUAGCACCACUAGUGUUUUGUUUUUUAAUUUAAAAAUAGGAAAACUGGUGGAUGUCGUAACACUAGAGGGGAGGCAGUUCUUCCUCCUGCUCUGUGUUGGGGCCUGUAAGUAGUAAAGGGGUUGACUGUCUUCUUUGCCUUGUCUGGGGAUGACCAGGAAUUAUCUCCCAUUGGCCGCCCUCCCCUCUAUAGAAAGAUCAAGUGGAAGCAAUGUUCAACAAGUACAGUAUUGGCUGGUUUGUGCUCUUGGUAAUUGGGAAGUAAAGGUUUGGUUUUGUGUCACCUUUCAGUUAGGGUAGAAAAUGGGGUCUCUCCCUCAGAAAUUAGUGCAAUCUUGGGCUUUGACAGGGCAGGGCUGAUGGAUCAGAGUUCAGAUGAAAGACACUUGGGGUGACUGGGGGUUGCAGAGCUAGGUAGUUUUCCUCAUGUCAGACCCCAAGUUUAGGUAAGACAUACAGUCCCCAUGGGAACAGGUUCACCCAUCCAGCUGUCCUAGGCUGGGCCCUAGCAUAUGAGGAAGGUAGGUUCUGUGCUCUGGCCUUUUUCAGGGUAUGAGACUAGACUCUGCUGUGCCUCCUUUUAAUAGCUAAUUAAAAGCAUUUGUCAAUUUCUCUGCCUCCCAGCUGACAAUACAAAUUCAUUUUCCAACUUUGCUAACAUCGGAAGCCUUUCUUAUGGGAGAACUAGAAGGUAGAAUAUGCUUUGUUUCUCUCAGGAGCUGUGCACAAGCCAGGUCUUGUUUUCUCUUACUGCCCCCAUUUUCUUUUCUCUGCCAACUGUGAAAGUGUGGGGAGGCUCCCAUCCCCAUUCCAUAAGGUUCCCACACCUGGAGUGCAUAGGUACUAAACCAAGCAGUGCAACUUGUAAUUAAGAAGCUGCAGUGUUUACAUGUUUCUUAAUGUGUUGUCUUUUCGAUGGCUGUAUUUUAAAAGAACAUUUGUUUUAAUGGUGUCUCUAAUUAAAGGAAGCCCUGUGGCCUUGGAGGCAUUGUGCCCACAGUCCACCAGAUUCUGUGGUCUUUUCCUUCUUAACACUUGUCUCAUAUCUGACACACGAAUGAAACUUUAUGACUUCAACACUGCCUCCUUUCUCAGUGGAUGGUAAAAAGUAAUGAACACUGUACUAACCACCCAUUUUAGGCAAGCAUGGCUCAGUGAGUUCAGGUUUUAUCCUUGUCUGGCACCUUACCCAGAAACACUCAUAUUUUCAACUUCAGGACUUAGGUUCACUGAGUGUUCACAGACCAAAGGACUCAGUCCUACUUUCUGCUACUUACUUCAUAACUACAGUGGUAGGGGCAGAUGACAGUAGAAGUACUGCAACUUCCAGUUGGCAAAAGGAGCCAGGUUUGGAUGUAAGACAUCUACAGUGAAGGAUUCUACCACACCCAACACAGGUUUAGAAGAAAAAGCUUUCAACCUCAUCAUUAAAUAUUUUUUUAUUAGGAAAAAAAAUUGAACAAACCACCUGUGCACAUAACCCCAGGUGGACACGGCAAGCUUUCUCUUUUUGUCUUUUAAAAUCUUGACUUUGUGGAUUAAUAGCUUGUUCACUCCAUCAGUAGAGCCUUCAUUAACGUGGUUCUGUUUCCUCCAGGCUCAAAAUAAAAUCAAACUCCUCUAAAAAAAAAAAAAAAAAGGAAAAGGGAGAAUGGGGUGUUGUGCCAUCUCCUACUGAGAGCACCUGAGUUAAUAAGGCACCACAAGUUCUGGAGUGGGCAGUUGUCCAUUCAAAAACUGGAAUAUCUUAGGGUACUGGGUGUAUAGCAAAGAGCAACUAAGCCUUCCUCAUUUGUGGCACAGGUGAGGACACUGACCCUGGGAGGUUUAUAGUGUCUCUACAUUUAAGUCUUACCUCGAGUCAAAGGCUGAACUGAAAGUCUCUGGCGAGUGAAGAGAGUCAUGCUUUUUAAGGGGCCACCAGUAGCUUUGUGGGCUUGGUGAUAGGCUUUAAGCUCAUCCAGGGAGAUGAAGCGCUUCAUCAUUCGAACAAACUGUACAUCCACCUAUUCAGCAGCAUUGCAGGAGACAGAAACAUGUUCAGCCAGACUGUCCAGUGUAAGGACCGGGUCUCUCUGUGUUGCUAGUCUGUCCAUGAAUUCCUCAGCUGAAUCAAUUUUCAAGCCUCAGCCUACUGAGUGGCUAAGAAUACAGGCAUUUGCUUCUGUGCCCACCCAGAAUUUCUAUUUGCAGGAGGUGCCUGGUAUUAGGGCUGCCAGUGUUCUGUUCUAAUACCCCAAUUCUGCAAAUCUUCACCUAAGUGAGAGCUGGGCUGCGCUCCUUGACAUAACAGUACACACUCCUUUUCCUUUCUUUUGUCCACUCUCCCUUAUGAAACAGGAACUAUAGUUAUUACCAUCGACCAUUUAGGGUUGUCCUCUUUGCUGGAUGGGUCGUAAUGGGGAUUAUUUUUCUCAAACUGUGUGUGGUCUGGGUAAGCCUCCUUUACGAUCUGAAAACAAAUCCAAAAUCUCCAAUCAUUUUAGCUCCUUGCCUGUGUUUUAAUAUGCAUCUCUUUGACUUUUUACCUUUCCUUCACAUUCUGACCCAUCUCCCUUGCUAUAGAGACAGUUGGUACGCAGACAUCUGGAAGUAAGAUUAGCCUAAGCAAACAUAGUUAGGAAAGAAAUCCUAUUUUCACAAAGCUUCACAAGCAUGUUCUAAAACUAAAAACUAAGUUACUGUUGGAAACACAUUUUUAUUUUCUCCCAGCUGCACACAUAAUGUUACUUUGAAAUUCUUAGCAAAGAGGAAUUACCUGAUAGAACCGCAGAUAGUGAGAAGUAUUAGCAGGGCCUAAAAUGAAGGUCUUCCUAUUCUAACCCUCAUCAUUGAGGUGAUGGCAGGGCAGUUUUUCUCGUUUUCUGUGACAGGGACUGUCUGGGGGGCCAGGGCAUACUUUUGUUGUUACCUAUUUAAGCUGUGGGCUUUCAUGAGUAAGUCCCUAAAGGGAGGAAUCCAGGCUAAAAUGUGUGCACCUAACCUUCAUAAGUCCCACGAUGCCUGGCUGUUUGCAGUUGCUAUGGUAGAAGAAGGCUUCCUCCUCCAACUUCAUGGCCCUGAGGAAGUUCCGAGCCUGUGUCAGAGGAGAAGAAAUAAGGAUUACCCUCUUACCAGCUCGGAAGCAAUCAAGUCUGCUUUUAGAAGAUGUUUUUUCCUGGUUGUGCUUCUCUCAGAUUCAUAACAGAAUCUAUCCCUUUAUUCAGAGUCCUAGCCUUGUUCUAGGACACUAGCCAGAACCAAGCCACUUGCAGACUGCAUGCUGUUACAGUGAUUAUGUUAUUUCUGAAGACAUUUUCAGGAUAGGGUUCCGAGAAAAGCAAUUUUGGUUCAAAGACCUUGCUGCUGAAGAGCACAGUAGGGGAGGCAGGCAUAUAUCCUAGCCUAGGGUUCAGGGUUCCUGACCCUUGACUCUGUACCUGAUAGUUGCGAACUCCAUCCCAGCAUGCUGUCUGCUUGGGCUGUGCUUUGAGAUCCUCGAUGCUGAACUAGGCAAGAGAAAAUAAAGUUAUUCACUACAUUGUCAUUGGCCAAUUGAUAAGCUUCUAUGGAAACAAGAAGUUCUCUCUUUAAUUCUGAAAAGUGCUACAGGCCAUAAAGAAACUAGGUGGAUUACCAGGAAUUAGUUCCAGGGCACCACGGAUGUUGAAUGAAUGUAAGUUAAGCCUCGGGUUUUACAUUGUGAUCUUUGCUAAUUAAGAUGAUUAAUUGAAUGGAUAAUCAGGAUAAUAAAACAGUUUGCUGGUUUCCUGUGUUUCA